CCGUUCAUCCAUCCGUCCGUCACUUUUGUUUAUUUCAGCAUAGAAUGCAAACAUAUUCAAGAGAUAUUACAUUAGAAAGUGGUUGGUUUAAAAUCCCCCUUUUAGAGAGAAAGAAGUCGAGCUGCACCAGCAGCCUUUUCAAUGUGCACUCUGUCAUGAUGCUGCCUUUGUAGCUUCAGCUUUAUGUCAAGUCUAAGUCUUGAUCAUAUGCUUGCACCGUACAUACUGUUAGUAGCAUUUACUUUAUUUUUUUAAUUGAUCAUUGAUUGACCACGUUGCCCUUCUUCUAAUAGCUUUUUUGUAACUACAGCUACACUCCUUUACACUUCUGUGCACAUGACACUUGUACCAGUACUUUGAACUCUACAAUCAACAAGCUUACCUUACAAGAUUAUUUUUCCCUCUUUCCUUUCGUGUUUAAGUUUUUGUUAAUUUUUUUUCUCCCAGAAAGCUUGUUUUUUGAGCUAAUGUGGGUCUGUUAAGCCAGUUGAGACAUUGUGAAUGAUAUAGCUCAUAUACCCGAAUAAACCUGACUUGACCUAACAUUUGUCUAGAUACACAGAAGGUUUAGAUCAUGUUUUCUUUCCUCCAGGGUGUUCAGGGCAACAUUGGACCAUGGGGUGAGGUUGGGCCCCGUGGCCUUUCAGGAGACCAGGGGCCACUAGGUCCAGUUGGCCUGCUUGGAGUUACAGGUUACCCAGUAAGUUUAUUUUUAUCCUUUUGUUGUGAAGUAUAAACGUCAUGUCAUGAAUGAGCUUUGAGUUUUAGUUUUCUAUUAAAUAUAUUUUAAGGUACACCAAACUCUAGAACCUACUCUCAUCCCCAAGCUGAGCGUAGGUUAUAGAGCAGGAAUAUGAAGUCUUUUUUGUGCAAUUGUUGCUUUACUUUCUUUAUAUUUAGGGUCAAAAUGGACCUCAGGGACCAACUGGAUCAGCUGGUGUCAAAGGAGACAAGGGAUCCAGAGGAGCUUUGGGGCAGGAGGGCGUUGCUGGUCUCGAUGGGUCCAGUUGGUCUAAAGGGACCCGAGGGGCCAGCUGGACAAAAAGGCCUUUCUGGUGAAAAGGGAAACACUGGGCCUCCUGGACGGAAAGGGCCAAAGGGAGCUGAAGGCGACAGAGGCAACCAAGGGCCACAGGGAGCAAUGGGGCCACCGGGGAAACAGGGAUACAGUGGUUCAACAGGGGAGAGAGGAAAACAAGGAGUUCCAGGGCUCAAGGGUGAGCCAGGUACCAGAGGUUCAUCAGGCAUGCUUGGACAGUUCGGACCAGGGGGCAACACUGGGCCCGCAGGGGCCAAAGGCCAUAAGGGCCUCCAGGGACAGACUGGCCCCCCUGGCAGCUUAGGUCCCGCUGGACAAAUUGGACCAUCAACACCAGGUUUGCCAGGCAAGAGAGGCGUUGAGGGCAAAACUGGAAUCCCUGGACCAAAGGGCAGUCACGGUGAGACGGGCAAGCUCGGCCUUCAAGGCAUCCAAGGAGACAUGGGCAUUCAAGGUCAAAAGGGUGCUAAAGGAGACCAUGGGACAAGAGGCACAAUGGUGGAGAAGCACAUUUGAACUAAAAAGGAUUGGGUUUGCAAUGCACAGCCUUUUUAAUUCGAUCAUUCGAUGUUACUGAAUGAUCUUUUAUUUUAUUAGUUAUAUGUCUUCAGUAAAUAGAGGUCUUGUUACGGUGUUAUUUAUGCAUGUGACUGUGUCUUUUAGGGGACAGUGGGGAAGAUGGGGAUCAUUGGCAUUCCAGGUGCUAAAGGUCUACCUGGACCUGCUGGCCCUCCCGGUCUUCCAGGAUUUAAAGGAAUUCAUGGGCCGAAGGGAAAAAGAGCUCAGCCUGGAAGGAAAGGAAACAAAGGAGCUCCUGGAAAAACUGGAGAUGAAGGCCUGCCAGGUAGACCAGGACCUGCUGGACAACCUGGAAAACCUGCAAGUAUCCCUUGUGACAGAUUCAAUACACACAUUGCAAACCCCAAAAGUGAUGAUAAAGUUGUAUUUUAGCACAUCAAAAGUUCAAGUGAGGAAUGUGUUGACGAUUGGUUUCUCGUCUUGUGAUCUUGUUCACAGGGCUUAAGCGGUUUGGAUGGGUUACUAGGGGUUGAGGGUAAUGAAGGUGAUCCGGUAAGUAAAAAUGUUGCAUACUGCAAUUUAGUCUGUUGUUCAACCUUAAACUAAAUUCACUCGCUCCCCUGCUCAUCCCAAAGGGGGAUAUAGGUUUCAGAGGAGCUCCUGCAUCUCCUGGCAGGCCCGGCAAAAUGGUAAGCUCCAAAACAAACGUGGAUAGUGUGCAACCCAUGCAAAACCGUGGGGAUAUACACUUAUUCAUAAAUAUCUGUUGUAGUUUGGCCUACAGAUUUGGGAUAUUAAAUACAUU